CGACAGUUUUUACUUUUUGUGUUUAAAUUCGUUGUAUAUUCAUAUAUAGUCUGUGAAAAUCUUAAGUUUGUCGACACCUGCGCUCAUUAUGCAUUUUACUUUUUUCUAAUACCUUGAACUGCCAGUUUUUAUUAACCUAUCGGGAGAACGGCUCAUAAAUUCGGCAGUUUUUAACAUCAAAACAUUAAUUUUAAGACGAAUAAAGGUCAAAAAAUAAUUAUGCAAACAGAGAAAGUAUUUUGUUGCAAGAAGCAAAUACGACACUUAAUGCCACCCGUAGGAAAAUAGGAGCGAAUAAGUCGGAGUACGAAACGGAAGAAAAUCUGUCAAACGUCACGCUAAAAAUAGAUAAACAAAUGAACUUUUUUGUUUUAUUAGUGGAACCACUGGUGUAAAUGAUACGUUAGAUAAUGGAUUAAGUAUAUAUUUGAAGGAAUUCAAAUUCACAAGAAAGAUGACGAAACACUACAACUGUGUUGUGUGUAACAAACGAACCAAACCAAAGGAAAGACGCAUUAUAAACAAAGAUGUGAAGAAAUACGUCAGAAAGGCAUUAUUUAUCGAGCUCAGUUCAGAAAAAGAUAUCAUAUGCAACAAAUGUAAACACAAGUAUUACACGUAUGAUAUAUGUACAAAGUCUAAGCAAAACAAUAGCAAGAGAGAUUCUCAAUCUACCAGGGAUGCAGAUUUUCACUCAACCGCUUCAAAUUCAUCUGUUCCUGCAGCCAGUCCACCUUCGGUAAAGUUAAAUAUACCAUCUACACCAAAAACACAUGCACGGUGUUUGGCAUGCAAGAAACCAGGACCUAAACUUAUAGUUAUUUCGGCACCUGCCCGAUUUGCUGCAUUUCUUCAUCAUAAUGUUAUAAUUCCUGCUGGAGCAAGAUGCUGUCCAAGUCACAUUGAAGAAAAAACAUGUAUGCUUAGACCAGAGUGUUUACGAAAUAUACCAGUUACAGAACAAUCGUUUAUGAAUAGAACAACUAUUCUGAAUUUACUGAAGCAAAUGAGAGAAAUGUGCUGUAAGAAACAAAACAUAUUGGACUUUGACAAUAUAAAGGAUGAAGAAAUGAGAAAUCUAACUGGACUUAGUCUCGAACAGUUCAAUGAUUUAUUCUCACACAUAAAGGACAAAGUAAAAGCUACACCGGCACGGACAGGUCGGACAUCAGUAGGGCUGCUUUUAUUAAAACUACGGUCCGGAAUGUCUAAUAAAUUGUUAGCAACACUUUUCAGGGUAAGUAAAUCAAGUGUGCGACGGGCUAUUAGGACUGUAAGGCAAGCACUGAUGAGGAGUUUUGUCCCUUUGUAUCUUGGACUUGAAAGUAUCACUAGAAAUACUAUUAUUUCACAACAUACAAGACCUCUUGCAAAACACUUAUUUGGUGCUGAAGAAGAUGAGAUGAUUCUGGUUUUAGACGGUACAUACAUUUAUAUUCAGAAAAGUGGCAAUUUUAAGUUUCAGAGAAGAUCAUACAGCAUACACAAAGGUCGACCGUUAGUGAAACCUAUGGUUGUAGUGACAACAACUGGGUAUUUCGUUACCAUAGUAGGACCAUUCUUUGCUGACAGUAAAAAUAAUGAUGCAGCAAUCUUAAAUCACAUGCUUCGUUCAAAUACGGAGGACAUAAGAAACUUUGUGAAAGAGAAAGAUAUAUUUGUUGUGGACCGAGGAUUUAGAGAUUCUGUUUCUUUGAUCUCGGUUUACGAGCAGAGAUGCCAGCAUUCAUGACUAAAGGUGCAAAACAGAUGCCAACAGAUGAUGCUAAUUCAAGUCGUAUGGUGACAAAGAUAAGAUGGGUUGUAGAGUCAGCUAAUGCGAGGAUCAAAGCUUGGAAAUACCUGGACCACGUGCUACCUACUGGUCAAGUACCAUAUAUUGGUGACUAUGUGCGUAUAGUAUGUGCGGUUUGUAACAAACAUUAACCUCCUUUAAGUUUGGCAAAUCUUGAAGAAAGUGACAUUCAGUUAGCAGCACACAUGUGUCACUUGAGUUCUCAAGUAAACAUGCUUAAAACGUAUGUCGAGGAAAAUAAGUUUGAGCGCGGAAAUGCAAAAUGGUCUGCUGUAAAUGAUGAAGACUUAGACUAUUUCCAAAAACUCACAGAGGAGCAACUUAGAACCUUUACCUGCGGAGUAUACCAGUUACGGCUAAGUCCAAGUUAUAUACAAGAAUAUAUUGAUGGAGAUUCUGAUAUUUAUGUGCAUAAGGAAAAUGCAAAUCUUAUCCGUGUAAGAAUUCAGAGUCGUCACGUUUCGUCAAGAACAUACCUGUUGUGGUUACAAUUUACCGCGUCAGAGGUGACGGCGUGGUAUUGCAAAUGCCGCGCAGGGGCACGUGUUGUUGGUGUUUGUGCGCAUGUGGCUGCAAUUGUUUGGUACCUGAGUUAUGCGAGGUAUUUCAUCAAUCGGUACGGAGUUUGUGACUGGGGAUUACAUUUGUCUGAUGCCAGUAAUUUACCAGAUCCAAUUGAUAGCUCUAAGACGGAAAGUGAGGCGAGUUGUAUCGAAGAGUAACUGCAGCGCACCGACAUUAUGUAGAACUUAGGCCGUCCCUCAAUGUUAAAUGUUUGAUCUUUUUAAAACUUUUCAUCAGCAGAUUUUAUUGGGAUGUAUGAGUCAUGUUUUGUAACCAUGGUAGCCUUCACUAUGUUCAUCCAGUCAACUUUCUUCUUUAAGUACGGAUAUAUUCUGUAUAUGAAUGUACACUUGUAUAUCAUUUAGUAUGUAAAACUGGAUGGUCAUUGAGAAAAGGUAAUAGCAACUAAUUUAUGUUAAAAUGAUCAUUUAUUAAAAAGUCAUAUUUUAACUGAUUACAUUAAAAAUGUUUCUGUAUAAUCAGCUCAAAAGAAUUACAAACACUAUAUAACAACAUAGUACUGGAAGUUCUGUAUUUGUGGAAAUAACACUGAGCGUGCAUUCCAUAGAAAUAGUAAUGUAUUAACUUGUUCGCACAGUUUUUAAAACGUUUGCUUUUAAAAAAUCAACUGAAAAUUUGAAUAUUAGAAAUUUUGUAUUUCAAGGUAGUUGCUAUGGUAACCAUUCCAUGUCAUUUAUGCAAUUCUUUUUAAUAAUUAAUUACUUUUAUUUUGACUUGAAAAGUUCUAUCCUUUUAAAAAAUUAUUACGGUAGUUAUUGUAACUGCUGUUUAAAUACAGUAAAAUUAAGGAAUUAGGUGACUGUUUCCAUGGUAGCAGAUGUAGUUUUUGAUAGUUUUAUCUGUCAUAUUUUUACAUAUUAUUAGUUAAAACAAUUAUGUAUGGUAUUUUAGAAUACAAAAUGUGAAAAACAUAAUUUAUCGUAAAUAUCGCUAUUUAUUUGUAAAAUUUCAGAUUUCUAGAAAAUAAGAGUUAUCUCCCUUGUUUUUUUCAUAUACGCAGGAGUGAAAACAUUUGAUUUUUGUUUUGUUUGGAAGUAUCAAUAAUUCUUAAAGUGAACAUGUCACUUUUGUUGUUAACAAACUAACAUAAAUAAGAAUAAAAGGUAUUUCAUUUCAUAUACCCCCAUUUUAUAUUGAGUUUUUCUUUACUCAGAGCCAUGCCAAAAACUUUAUUUUUUUAGAUUUUUUGGGAAAUGUAUAUUGUUUAUCACCCCGGAUUUCAAAAAUUUAUAUAUUUUUGAUAACUUGCUGAAAAUUCCAGUUUAUUCUGAUAUUAGGCCAAUUUUGAUAGUUAGUGAAUCUAGCCCUUUAAUGACGUUGAGUGACAAUGUAUUCAUUUAUCAGUUUUAAGCGUUUUAUGCUAGAAUAGCGUUAGCGCAUGUUAAUUAUCUUGUUAUAACAUCUUCGGAAACCCCCGGAAUACAUUGGUACCCUCGCCCUACCGAGCUCGGGCACCAACCAGUCCCUCGGGAU